AUGCUCGAGAUAGUAGAUGGCAGCGCUGAUCCGGUGUGGUUGCAUGCGGGCGUCGGCGCGGGACCGCAAUUGGGUUGCAACGACAAUCGGCCCUUCGCCGCGCGCAGCACUGCACAUUCCCAUCAUCCCCCAUCCAUCCAUCUUGCAUCUCUCUCUCCCUCUCCCGAGGUCCGCGCUGCCCGCGUUGUGCGCGCGCGUGCUGCUGCCCCGGUUCAGUUUAGGUUCAGCUCAGCUCAGACCUUUGACCCGCGGGUGACCGGUCAGCCGGGGGAAAGGGCACUGAGAGGGAAGUCUCGGGAGAGCGAUCAACUUGGGAAAGUGAAUGAGACAGCUGCGCCAGCGCGGCUAUGUAUGCGGUGCGACCCGGAGCGCGCACGGGGCGUGACUUCGUGUGUAAGUCGGCUGGGAUGUGGUUGGGCGGGUUGGACGGCCGAUGGUUCGCGCGUGGUGUAUGUAUGCCGAGGGACGAUACAACCUCAGAUUCAACUCGGCGGAAGGGCAUUGGGCCGCCAGCCCUCCAGGCCAUGA